UAUGGGAAGUCGCGCUACUGCUCACCUACAGAUCACACACAUUCAUUUGCAUUUCCUUUGUCGUGUUCAUGGCGCAUGCAACAAAGAAUGGGCGAGACGAUGCAGAGGCUGUUACGCCUUACUCUAUGCAUGUGUCGUCCAAGUAUCUGGAAUUGACGAAGAAGAAACUGGAAUUGACACGUCUGCCGCGCGAGCUCGAUCUCCCGGAGCAAAGAAGAUGGGACCAGGGUACACCGAAGGCGGUACUUGAGCCGCUGCUGGAUUACUGGCUCGAGCAGUACGACUGGAGAAAGCAGGAGAGCCACUUCAAUUCUCUACCCCAGUUCAGGACGACCAUUACUCUGCCAUCACCCACGAACCCGGAAACCUCGCAGUCGCUGCGCGUUCACUUCGUCCACAAGCGCUCUCAGCACGCAAAUGCCAUACCACUCUUAUUCUGCCAUACCUGGCCGGCAUCCUUCAUCGAGGUCCAGAAGAUCAUCGAUGCGCUUACGGACCCUCACUCGCUGCCAAGCUUUGGUGCCGGCGCACUGCAGGCUUUUCAUGUCGUGGCUCCGAGUAUACCGGGCUUUGGGUUCAGCGACGCGAGUGCGAUGGAGGACUUUGGGCUGAAGGAGACUGCUGAGGUGUUUGAUAAGGUGAUGCAGCGGUUAGGGUAUGAGCGCUAUGUCGCUCAUGGCGUUGGAUGGGGCUUCAGCAUCUGUCGAGCAUUGGCUCUGAACCAUUCGCAUCACUGCGUUGCUGUCCAUACUGCGAAUCCGAUGUUCCGCAAACCUUCGUUCAAGUGGAGCCCCAUGGCGUUUCUGAGGUACCACAUCGCAAGGCUGACGCGGGCGAAGGUCUCUCUUCUCAGCUUUGGCUAUGUGCCCAUGGAACUACAGGCUCCUGCUCCUACUUCGGGCUGGGACAGCUCGCCGACUACUCAGGGCUCUCCUUAUUCGGAUGGGCCGCUUGGCGCCGCUCUCGCUCGUGGCUAUUCGCACCGUCCACAAACACACGCCUUCGCUCUGUGCGACUCGCCGAUCGGCCUCCUCGCCGGACUACUUGAUGCAAUACAUACGCGAGCGCCCGCGAUAUCUCCCGUAACGUCGCGAAGUCGUUCACCAUUCUUGUCUCUGGAGGAGCAGGACUCGCUACACGACCGCUCGUUCCACGAAGAGAUCGGAUCGUCCCACACGGAGCGCCCGCCACAGCCACUCAGUCCGCGCGACAGCGAGAUCAAUGCGAGAAAUUACACGUGGUCGCCUACUGAGGUUCUCAACUGGACUAUGAUGCAAUGGCUACCGGGUGUUGAGGCGGCCCACCGCUGGCUUCACCGCGCACAUUUGGAUUGCUCACCGUUGUCAGACUUUUCGAGCACGUACUGCCCAGUGCCACUAGGAAUAAGUUCCUUCCGAGCGCGCAACAGCCACAGCCCUUCCACACCGCUGAUGUGGGGCAGCGCAUCCUGGGGAAUCGCGUGGGUACGGAGGCACCAGCGACCGGCCUCGACGAGCCCGGCGUGGGAGGCACCCGAUCUUCUCGUCCUCGACAUGCGCGAGUGCUUCGGAAGCAUUGUCAACUUUCCCACUCAGGCAACUUAGGCCUGCUCGCACGGCGUCGACGAUAAAAUCCGUGGAUAGCAGCUAUAGGUAUAUUGUGGCAUCGAUAUGCGCAUAUAGCUAGGUCGGACAAUUAGUUCCAGAGGAGCCGGCGAGUAAUUUGAAGAGGGCGGAUGGGAAUCGAAGGUAGAGAUGCAGGUGGGAGCAGUAGUGCUUGCUGUGUUCGGUGCGGAGGACGCAGGGUGUUGCGGCUGCAGGGCCUGGAGUGCAUUGCGGCGCAACCGGCAAUGAGUGGUUGGAGCCCGGCGUUCCUUGGUCGGGGUAAUCUAUAGUUGGGCAAAUGCUGUAUACCUGGGUAUGGGUAGGGAAGCGGGCUGCUGGGCAUAUGUAUAGUGUCGGUGUAUAUGAUGUAUGCUGUGCUUCUUUUUUUGGCACGUCCUCAUCAGGGUAUAUUGGCGGACGCAAUGCGAUGGAGGAUGCAAUUGAGGCUGUGGGUGGGUGGGGACACUCGCGCACACCGGCAACGAGC